AUGAAACGUAAAAUAGGCAGGGCGCUCAGUAGUGGUGAUAUUAUAGCUUACACAACUGCAACAGCGUUAUCGCGACAAAACGCUGAUGAUCGACCAAUUCACCAUCCAAAGGAAUCACUUUUAAGCGUUGAAAGCGGAUUUACAAAUUUUCGUGGUCUCAUUAAUUGGGGUCUUAUCAUGCUGCUGGUUUUUGGUGGCAAAAUGGCUCUUACAAAUCUAAUAAACAACGGUAUUAUCGUGGAUGUAUUUAUCUGGCGUUACAUAGUUCAGGGCGAGCACGCACAGCCUGGUGGAUUGUUAUUUAUUGCUUGCUCCAACGUUUUCAUUCUUUUUGGGUAUGGACUGGAAUUGCUCUUCCUCAAAUUUUCCGUCCCCAAUUUUCUCUCUCUGUUCCUUGUCAGUCUCAACCUGUGCGGUUUGGUAAUUUUUCCAUACGUAGUGAUUCUGUCCCAUGACUGGAGUCCAUUCUUCUCCGCCCCUUGCAUUUCAAUGUACAUUGUCAUCUUCCUCAAGAUGUGGUCCUACGCACACGUCAACUCGUGGUGUCGAUCGGCUAUGAAACGUCGAUCUAUGGGUGGUGCUUCCCUAAAGGCGAAGGAUCUCUUAAAACCUAAUCAUGCUGUUCUCAAACGUAAGCAGCAAAAGGCGGCUGCAGGAGAGACAACCCGAACCCAGAGCACAGUGAAGGAUCCCGUGGGACUCGAAGGUUUCAAUUCCUCUCGAGCUGAUCCUGCUGCAGAGGAUGUUUGCAAAGACGACAAAGGUGGAGAUAGCCCUGCAGAAUUGGAGGAGCCCGAUUUAAACAAGAUAUUUCUCCGUCUCACGAAAUAUCCCGACAAUCUUACUCUUGGCGAUCUCUAUUACUUCAUGUUUGCACCCACGCUGUGCUACGAGCUCAACUUUCCACGCACAUUUUCUAUUCGCAAACGAUUCCUCCUUAAACGCAUGCUCGAACUUCUUUGUUUUAGCCAAGUGAUUGUAAUGCUGGUUCAACAGUGGAUGGUUCCGGGAUUAAAGAGUUCUGUCACACCCUUCAUUCGUUCGCGGUGGAUCUACACAGUGGAGAGGUUGUUGAAUAUCGCCAUUCCAAACCACCUUAUCUGGCUCUUGUGCUUCUACGCUCUAUUCCAUUCCUACCUCAACGUUCUCGCUGAACUUAUGAAAUUCGCGGAUCGUUGCUUCUAUGAGGAUUGGUGGAAUGCCCCCUCGGUGUCAGAAUUCUGGUCAUCCUGGAACAUUCCAGUGCAUCGUUGGUGUCGUAGACACAUCUACAAACCAUUGCUGAUGCAAGGCUACACGCGUUUCACAGCUGCUUGUGUAGUCUUCUUCGUGAGUGCCUUCUUCCACGAGCUGAUGGUGUCCGUGCCCCUCAAGAUGCCGCGUAUGUGGGCCUUCCUAGCCAUGUUGGGGCAGCAGCCCUACGCUUUGAUUGUGCAUUACUACUGUCCCAAGGGCGGCAAACUCGGCAACAUGGCCAUGUGGCUUACGCUGAUUUUGGGCCAACCCUUGGCCCUCUACAUGUACUUCCACGAUUACUACGUCCUUCGCUAUAAAUGA